CAAAGUAAACAUGUACACAUCGACCAAAUUGAACCUGCAGAUGUCGGAAAAACAACAAAUUAUAUUAACGUGUACCUAUAUAAAUACUCCAUCCAUCACACAGUCUUCUUCCAACCAAACCAAACCAUCUCAUCAUCCCAAACACAUCUAGCCUUUCUUGAAUCAUCUUCUCCAUGGAUCAGCUUCAGCUAGCUAGUCCAUCGGCAAUGGCAACCACCAAAGCUCUGUUCCUGAUCAUGGUGACAGCGGCGGCGCUGGUCGGGACAACCCUCGGCGCGAGCUACACGGUGGGCGGUCCGGCGGGGUCAUGGGACCUGAAGACCAACUACACCCAAUGGGCCUCGGCCCGCCGCUUCUUUCCUGGCGACAGCCUCCACUUCCGGUACCCCACCAAAGAGCACAACGUCUUGGAGGUCACCAAGGCCGGCUACGACACCUGCAACACCUCCGUCGUCUCCAGCUCCGGCGGAAUUAGCAACGGCAGCGCCGCCGCUGUCAGUACCGUCAUUGCGACGUACCAGACGGGCAACGACAUCAUCCCGUUAGUCGUCUCCUCGGGGGUCACGACAAGGUACUUCGUGUGCGGCGUCGCCGGGCACUGCGCCGCCGGGAUGAAGCUCAAGGUGGCCGUCGGCGCGCAGCCGCCGGUGCAGUGCAGGGGGAGAGGGAUCAGAAGAAGGUGCACCCGGCCGCCGCCCGCUGCUCCGGCGGCAAGCUCGGCGGUUGGUGGUGUUGACCGGUCAACAAGCCUCUGGUUCGCCGCCGUCGUGGCUGCGGGUUCCUUGCUCCUCUGUUCCUAGAGCCAACGAUUUAUAGCUGGCGCCAUUCUUCUUCUCUUCUUCGUUUCUUAUGGUUUGUGAGACGUGAUCGGCCGUGCGCCCAUGUUCGUUCCUUGAUUCACUUGUAGUAUUUGUAUAAAAUGUCAACUGUAUUCAUUUUUUCUGUUGAAUGUAAUUCGAUCCAUUUUUAAUUAAUGGGGCUUUGUUGACCUCAUAUACCAGAGGAAUGCAGCUGAGAAUUA